AUGAACGCAACCCAGGGCAAGUACCUGCGGUACAUACUCUUUGCGAUCCUGGGACUCGCCAUCAUACACUUCAUAACCUCCUCCUCGUUGCCGAUUCCCAAUGCAAGCGAUCUCGGCCUAUCCUACCCCAAAACAGGCGAGCAAGCCAAACCAACCGUUCCAGCUGGUGAAAACAAGGCACCUACGCCCCCGGUAGCUCCUCCACAGCAACAAGCUCCUAAGCCAGACGCUCCCAACACAGUUACUCCCAAGCCAGACGCCCCUAAGCCGGCUGCUCCAGGUUCUCCAGCUGGAGGAGAACCCUAUGAGCGAGUGAACGCGACGUUUGUGACUCUGGCAAGAAACUCGGACAUUUGGGAGAUUGCAAAGUCCAUCCGUCAGGUGGAGGAUCGCUUCAACAAAGACUACCAUUACGACUGGGUUUUCUUGAACGAUGGAGAAUUCUCCGAUGAGUUCAAGAAAUUCACGACUGCCCUGGUCUCCGGAAAGACACACUACGGUCUCAUUCCAAAGGAGCACUGGUCGUACCCGGAAUGGAUCGAUCAGAACAAGGCCGCAGAAACCAGGAAGAUCAUGAAGGCGAAGGAAGUCAUCUACGGAGACUCUGAAAGUUAUAGACACAUGUGCCGCUACGAGUCUGGAUUCUUCUUCCGACAUGAGCUCAUGAUGCAGUUCGACUACUACUGGCGAGUGGAACCCAGUAUCGAAUACUUCUGCGACAUUCACAUCGAUCCGUUCAAGUUCAUGAGGGACAACAAGAAGAAAUACAGCUUCGUCAUCAGUUUGCCCGAGUACGAGGCAACCGUCGAGACGCUUUGGAAGAGCACCAGGAAGUUCAUCGACCAGUACCCGGAGCACAUUGCCGAGAACAACAACCUAGAAUUUAUUAGCAAGGAUAAUGGUAAAACAUAUAACCUGUGUCAUUUCUGGUCUAACUUUGAGGUUGGCGACCUGAACUUCUUCCGCUCGCAAAAGUACCUGGACUUCUUCAAUAUUCUGGAUAAGGAUGGCGGCUUUUUCUACGAAAGAUGGGGUGAUGCCCCUGUCCACACCAUCGCCGUCGCUCUGAUGCUGAACAAGGAAGAGGUACACUUCUUCAAUGACAUCGCAUACAGACAUGUCCCAUUCGUCCACUGUCCAACUGGAGAACAGACCAGAUUGGAUUUGAAAUGCCAUUGCAAUCCCUCGGACAACUUUGACUGGAAGGGCUAUUCAUGCACUACUCGCUACCAUGACAUCAACAAACUAAAGAAGCCUUCUGGUUGGGAACAAGAGAGGGAUGCAUAG